UCGCGGCGAGAGUUGCGCGGGAGGCGGCUGAGUUCGGAUCCGGAGCCUGGGCGAGCUGGAGCCAUGGUGCAGGUCUACAACUUGCACCCGUUCGGCUCGCAGCAGGUUGUUCCUCUGAAGCAGGAACCGGCGCUCUUCUGCUGCGGCCGCGACGUGCUGCUGGUGGCCUGCGGCCCCGGCGCCUGCAAGAUGGAAGUGUUUGCGGAACUCGGCGAGCCGCUGGGCUCUUUCAGUACCCUGGGCCGAGUGCUGUGCAUGGCGUAUGGCGAAGUGGGAGAUUAUGUGGCCACCCUUGAGGAGAAGAGCAGCACCCUCUUCUUACGAGUUUACAUAAACUGGAGAUGCAUGUCCUCUGGCAGCUCACGUGUUUGGGUGCGGAUACAGGGUCAUAACCCAGAAGCUUUCUGUACUGAGACUUCUAAAGACCAAAUGUCAAUCAUAGAAAUUCCUCUUUCUGAUCCUCCCACGUGUUUCUCCUGUUGCCCUUUAUCAGGAGACCUACUGGUUGGCUGCAAAAAUAAGUUGAUAUUAUUCCACUUGAAGCAUUUAGUUGUGAAUGAGGAUGUGAAAGUGCUGGACUUUGAACGUUCCUUAAUUUUGCACAUGGACAAGUUCACCCCAGUGGAGGUUGCAUUUUGUGCAGGGUAUGUUGCUGUAACAGCAGAACUAGAAGUCCUUGUAUUCAAGCUUCCAACUGGGGAGAAAAUAACUUUGGCUGGUAAGAGCGAACAGCAUACCUGUGAAUCUGUAGGACCUGAAACACUCAUUGACGAAGGUAUAACAGAGGAAGUUGAUCAAGCUCAGUCGGAGUCAGAUGGGUUUGUUUUCUGUCAGCAGCCCGUGGAACUCCUUGGGGAAGAAAGUAGCAAGAGUGAGAUAUCUAUUAUUCCAGAGUCAAUUAGCUUAUCUGGUGAAGAUCCACAUGUCCAAGUGCAAUAUGUCCUGUACAGGCGUUUUGCUCUUGAUGUAUCCUCAUUUCCUUUCUCUCCUGAAGAUGCCAAGCUGCACUCUCUUCAGCUGCUACCAAUAUAUGAAGCAGAGACUUCUGUCACAGCCAAGAAAGGAAAUACAGCUGAACAAGAAUUGCUGAGUUUGUUUUGCUUUUUCUCCCUGCCACAUGUGGCAUACCUCUACACGAUCAAUAACUUAGUGGAGCUGAUUUCUACAUACCACUAUUCAGAAAGAUCCCAGCAGGCAGUUCUUACACCCCAGUUCCUGCAUGUCAUUACAAGCAACAACCUGCAGUGCUUUACAGUAAGAUGCAGUGCAGCAGCAGCUCGGGACCAAGACCCCUACAUCGAUACAACAUUAAAGGCUUGUCCACCUGUGUCUCUCGAUGUCUGUACCUUGAGGAUGCAGCUUUUUAUAGGGCUGAAAGCCAUCUCUCACUUCAAACACCAUGUCAUAAUUUUGACAAAAGCAGAUUCUGAGGACAUUCUAGAGAAAAAAACACUUUCACGAAGACUUCUUUACCGAAAGGCUGAUAACAUUAAACCCAAGGUUGCCCCAGAAUCUGAACCUGGAUGGAAUUUAUAUAUUGUGAACACAACUUCAACUCUCCAGCUCUACAGAGAAAUGGUAGAAUACAGCAAGACUUAUGAAAAUGUAAGAACAGAGAGUUGUAUACAUCUUUUAAGUGAGGCUCACUUACUAGUCAGAACAGCUUUAAUGGAUCCUGAUCUGAAAGAUUUGGAGAAGAAGGAAGAUCUCCUAGCAGCAUUCCAUGAAAGUUGUGCUCUUCUUGGAGACUGUUACAGCAGGUUUGACACCAAAGACUUCCAUCUUGCACUCCCUUACUAUAAGAUGUCUGGCCUUUCCAUAUCUGACAUUCUGAAACGAAUAACAUUUGAAGAUAAAACACACAAGUAUGAAAAAGGCUUUAUAUUCUACUUGCAGCAUUCCUUUGAUGAAGAUAUAGAUGAAGAGCUAAGUGAAGACUUGGCUGCAAAAGUGCUUCAGAUAUUCCACCUUGCUGAGCCAAACCAGAUACCACAUGUCCUCUGCAGUCCUUGCAUGAAAAAAGUAUGCCUUGAAAUGGCAAUGGAAUAUCUGGAAUUGAUAGAAAAGGUGGUGCCAUCUGUUCUGGUGACAUUGGCCAAGGCUUCUGUGGCUCUGAAAAGGGGGGAUCAGAAUGGCUGUAAAAGGGAGCUGGACAGCCAAGCAGAGAUGAAGUUGGUAUGUGGUUUUAUUGGAGAGCCAAGACUUCUAAAACAGCACAUUAAAGGACAAAUAGUCCUGACUGAACUUGCUUUGUACCUUAAAGAGACCAGACCUGGAUUUCUCCUAGCUUCACUAUUGGCUUUACAUGAGAAUAAUAAAAUGGAACUUGAAGAAGCAGGCACUUAUAUUAAGAUGCUGUGUGGUGAAGAUGAAGAUGCUGUUCCCCAGCUCUUGGUAGACUUCUGGGAAGCUCUGCUUGUGGCAUGUACUCAGGAAGAAGUAGCACAGAAGUUGCAUUUUAAACUUGCUACACAGUAUAUUUGGAGAGUAUCUAGGAAACAGCUUCCUGACACUGAGCCUCUAAAAACCACUGAAGAUUUGGUAAAGUACUGUGGGACAUGGAUAAAUUCCUGCAGUGAUUACGGACUUAUUUUUUCUUGGAUUAUAUUCAUGAUGUCGUUAGUACCUCCUCCUGACUGGAAUUCAUGUGAUGACCUUUCAAAAUUACAAUCUCUCUUAUGUAGUUCAUCCUUCAGAAUAUCUUCCAUUCUCCCAUAUCUGAAGGAUAUUCCAGAAAAUUCUAUUUCUGGUCUGAGCAUACAUGUUCUUUGUGAUACACGUUUAGGGCAGUAUGAAACAGCUAUUGACAAACUUCUGGACAUGUGCCCUGAAGCAGUCAUACCUUAUGCCCAGCAUGAGCUGAAGGAUGAACAUCAGGCUUUAUGGUGGAACAAACUUCUUCCUGAACUCUGCAAACGAACUAGACAUGUUGGUGAUAACUACCUUGUAUUUCUGACAUCUCUGCGAGAAACAUUAUCUGUCAUUGCCAUGGCACUGGACUUGAGAGACUUCCUUAAUGUUUUACCUGAAGAUGGAAAUGCAGCAUUCUUCUUGCCACACUUGCUUCGGUGCAGCAGAAGAUUGGUGACCUAAGCGUAAGCGUAAGAAGAAUCCGCUAUCUUGGAUUGGUCUCGUAGGGAGCAAAGUACUCAAAUGAACACAACCUCAUAGUUCAACUACCAACUUAAAGCUUGAAAUACUGCACACUCCUGGCAUAUUCCCAUGUAUGUGGGAAAAGGAGGGUUUAAUUGCUGUCGUCUGAUCUGGGGUAGCAGUACAGCUAAACAGAUAGAGGAGACGUCAUCUGCACGCACGCACACACACACACACACCCUUCCAGCCUGUUCCUUAUUAACUUUGAAGCUUCCCAAACAGCACUGCAAAAAAGCAGCAAUGACUCUAGAUUAUUUUGGUAAGAGACAAAGUGGAAUAGGUGCAUUAAGCCUGUAUAAAAGUAAAUCUUGUCCCUCAAACAAGUGAUAGCUGGGCCAAAGCUUUCACCCCUGUUCUCCCUCAGUCAUAGCACCUUUGAUAAGGGUCGUCAUCUUAUCCCUGCUGCUUUAGAAAAGUUUCACCACUCUAAACUGCUGGUGGUACAUUUGAGCUGAACAGAAAUCACAUAGUUGCGAUGGGGCCUAGGUAUUCUUUCCAAGUAAAUAUUUAGUGUGAUUGUCAUUCAGAUUUUUUUUUCUAAGCAACAUUUGUAAUGUUUAACUUAUUAGAAUUCGGUAGGAAUAUUUGUUUCUUACGGCUGCUGGGGCAGAGAAACAAGAGCAAUUCCACAAGAAUUGUAACAAGAUCCAGAAGUUUCAGCAGAUUGGCUCCAUGCAGCCUAUUUGUGCUUCAAACAAUGAGUUUCUUCGGGUAAUUUCUAUAACUGAAUUAGAUCUGAAACCAGAUUAUGGAGGCAAUUUAUAAAGUUGGCCUACCAAGUAUCACAAAGUCCCAACAUUAAUAAUUACAAAGGUUGUUACAUUAUCUGCCUUUAAUUUCUCCCAUCUCUGCAGUUAUAAUACGACUCAGACCUCAUUUUGUCAUAUUUAUAUUAACAUCUGAAGAAUCUUCAAGGCUAGUUUAAUUUUUUUUAACAGAAAACUAAUUGAGCUAGAAA